AUGCGCAUUGGCAAUGCUUUGCCUCAGAGUAGAGGCCAACCCUCCCAAUCUCAGGAUCUGGGAAACCCUGACUCCCCUGAUGGGUCAGUGUAUGAUGAGGAUGAUAUCCUCAACUAUGCGCUGACUAUCAUUCUGAAAGUUGCAACACUCCCGGUGCUGAGGCUGAUGUUGACCUCAUCCAGAGGCUUAGAGAACUAUUUGGAGAAGAUGUUCAAGCAAAAGUUUGAAUGGGCUCUUUUGUGGAAGAAGAGCUGGAACUGCAUUUUCUGGUGCACUAUGGCUGUCAAAGACAUGGCAAGGAGGGGCAGUGUCCCUGGACCUUUCCCUGGAAGGAGGCCAGAGGUAGAGAAUGGGUGGGAGGACCAUGGCCUCAGCAACUCAGAGUGGAGCACUGUGCCUACGUUUGGUAACACUUAA